AUUUGUGUGCUUUCAGUUGCUGGGGAACAUUGUUUCUCUUUUUUAUUCAAUAGUCUCACUACAGGUUCUGCAUGUAUAGGGAUAGGCACGGCAGGAUUUGAGUUCUUGAUGUGAUAGAAUUAUACAUAGUGCUGUAACGUGAUGGUAUGUAAUGCAUACUCUUUUGGUAUAGCCUAGUACCUGAGAUUGAAAUGGGAUCAUAUCAAAAUGUGACAUAUUUUGAAUUGCGGUGUACUGGCCCCUUACGACCUUUUUGCUAAUUGGUUUCUCCUUCACUUGACCAGCAGGUGUCGCCUCACAUCACCUUUUACGUUGAUGGGAGAAUCACUUUUAUUAGUAUUUGCUAUUAAAAAUAACACUGAUGUGGUGUACAUGAGUCAGUAUAGGGUGUUCUUGAAUUUUGAUUUAUUUGAAACAUUGUAAGAUCGUUUCACCUGUCUUCCAUUGCAUAAUAAUGCUAAGUGCAACAUCUAUCCCACAAGCCAACUGUAGUACAGCUGGUUCAAUGGGGGUGGCCAAACGUGGCUUUCAGUGUUUUCGUCUCGUAGCUGAUUUCUCUAUCUAUGCGCUUCACGGGAUUACGUGGGAGUAGGGGAAAUACGCAUUAGGAAAUCAUACGAAGACUGGACUUCGGUUCAACCUGCAUUGGGUUUUCUAACUACACGUUUUAGAGACGCAACUAAAUGGUGUAGUGACCCAGCCUGGUCCACGAUGUCUCGAAGUGGCCGCUCCAAGAGGACAAGGUCAUCCACAGGCCAGUGUGAGCCUCCUCAGGGACCAGGCUUCCAUGUCUAUCUGUUCUGGACCAAGGGAGGGGAGCGCUAUCUGACCCACACAGAGGGCAAGGUGACAGCCGAGGAGCUUUCUAUCUCUGCAGCACAGACUGUGGGUAUCACUCCACUGUGCCAUGUUCUGUUUUCCCUAUAUGACCCUGAAUCCCACUGCUGGUACAGUCCAAACCAUUUCUUCAACCCAGAAGAGAAGACAAGCCUGACACUCCAUUAUCGCAUGAGGUUUUACUUUCGGAAUUGGCAUGGGUUGAGUGAGAAGGAGCCGUCAGUGCUGCGAUAUGACCCACAGUCAGGGACAGGGCACGAGGGUUCACCUCUACUAGAAAUGCCCUCCCUGGAAUACCUCUUCUCCCAGGCAAAGUUUGAUUUUGUGAAUGAUGUCGUGCCGAUGGAGGAUGCUCAGGGAAAGGAAGAAUUGAGUCGCUUUAAGAAUGAGAGUCUGGGGAUGGCUGUGCUGCACCUCUCUCACCAGGCCCUGCACUCAGGCUGCACGCUACAGGAAGUGGCCAAGUCCGUCAGCUUCCUGCGCUGCAUUCCGAGAUCCUUCUCCAAACACAUAGCGAGGGACAACUUCCUGACCAAGAUCCGUAUCCGGCGUGUGUUUGCUGACUUUGUGAGGAACUUCCAGGAGCACACUGUGGACGUAGGACGCCUGGGCUCCCAGGAGGUCAUGUAUAAAUACCUGUCUACUCUGGAGCACCUAGCCCCCCACUUCGGCACUGAGACCUUCCUCGCGGCCCACCUGGAGCUGAGGCAGGAUGGGAGCGGCUCCUACCUCACCACCAGCCACGCCCACGGGGCCUCUGACCCUGAGAACUUUGGCCCUCAGGCCACGCAUGAAGUCAUGGUGUCUGGUACCAAGGGGAUUCAGUGGAGGAAGAUCACAGUGCAGAAGGCUCAGGCCAACAGUUACUUUGGGAAUGAUUACUUAGGGAAUCGGAAAAGUGUGAAGCAAUCGCUCCUCCAGCAAGAACCCAAAUCCUUCGACACAUGGACGUCUUUCUGCGACUUCCCUGAAAUCUCCCACAUCGCCAUCACUGGAGCCAACGUCAGCAUCAUUAAACAGGACAACUUCUCUAUGGAGGUUGAAAUGAUGUCCAGCCUGGAGGCUCUGUCUUUCGUCUCUCUCCUGGACGGGUACUUCCGGCUCACUGCAGACGCACACCACUACCUGUGUCACGAGGUGGCUCCGCCCAGAGUAGUGCUCAGUGCCACCAAUGGCCUCCAUGGACCAAUGAAUGAUGACUUUGUGCUGCAGAGACUGAGGAAGGAAGCAGUUGAAGAGGGAGCCUUUCUUGUGCGCUGGAGCGUCCUCGACUACCACCGCAUCAUAUUAGCUGUUCUAAACAAGAGUCAGAAUGGACAAGCUGCAAUCCACAAGCAGUUCAGGAUCCUGCAGAGGGGUUCAGUGUUUUCUCUGGAAGGCUGGGACCGAGAGUUCUCCACUGUCAAGGAGCUCACCGACAGCCUCAAGACCUUUGUGCUCAAGUCUGGCACAGACAAUUUCACUGUGAAGAAAUGCUGCCUACCCCGACCUGCAGAACUGUCCAACCUCUUGGUGAUGAGGCAGGGUGCGGACCAGUGUGUUCAGCCUGACUCUGUGGCCCUCUGUCUGACUCAGCUGAGGUUCCAUCAGAUCAAAGAAAAGGAGAUCACCCAGGAGCAGCAUCUGGGCCGUGGGACCAGGACCAACAUAUACUCGGGCAUUCUGUUGGUGUGGGGCGGAGCGGAGGAUGAGGAUGAGGAGGACAAGUGGAACAACAACCUUACUGAUUGCAAAGGGAUCCGAGUGGUUCUUAAGAUCUUGGACCAGAGCCACAAGGACAUAGCAUUAGCGUUCUUUGAAACAGCCAGUCUGAUGAGCCAAGUAUCUCACAGUCACCUGGUCUUUGUACACGGAGUGUCUGUCAAAGGAUCUGAGAACAUCAUGGUGGAGGAGUUUGUGGAGUUUGGGCCUCUGGAUGUGUUCCUGCGAAGGGAAAGGGCGCUGGUCACUCCUCAGUGGAAAUUUACUGUAGCCAAACAGCUGGCCAGUGCCUUGAGCUACCUUGAGACUAAACGACUGGUACAUGGUAACGUCUGUGCCAAAAACAUUCUGGUGGCUCGCCGUGGUCUGGAGCAGGGCACCUUUCCCUUCAUCAAGCUGAGCGAUCCAGGCAUCGCCCUCAACGUGCUGUCCAGAGAAGAGCGUGUCGAGCGAAUCCCAUGGAUCGCCCCGGAGUGUGUGCCAAGCGGUGCCCCCAUCGGCCGCGCUGCCGACCAGUGGAGCUUUGGUGCCACACUGCUGGAGAUCUGCAACAAUGGAGAUUUGCCCAUGAGUGGCAGCACACUCACUGAGAAAGAGCGUUUCUACGAGACGCGGAGUCGCCUCACCGAGCCCUCGUCACAGGAACUGGCCAGCUUCAUUAGCAUGUGUUUGACCUACGAACCCCGGGAGAGGCCGUCCUUCCGCACUGUGCUUCGAGAGCUCACUGAGCUACAGAUCAAGAAUCCUGACAUAUCCCCCCUGGAGUCUCUCCCGGACUUUGACCCGAACGUUUUCCUAAAACGCUACUUGAAAAAGAUCCGGGACUUAGGAGAGGGUCACUUUGGGAAGGUGAUGCUCUAUGUGUAUGACCCAGCCAACGACGGGACAGGGGACUAUGUGGCAGUGAAGGCCCUGAAGCAUGAGGGAGGCAGCCAUCUCCAUGAAGGCUGGAUGAAGGAGAUUGAGAUCCUCAAGUCUCUUUACCACAGCAACAUAGUCAAGUACAAAGGCUGCUGCUCUGAGCUGGGAGGGCAGAUGGUACAGCUGAUUAUGGAGUACCUACCCCUGGGCAGCCUCAGAGAGUACCUACUCAAACACCGCCUGGGCGUGGCUCACAGCCUCCUCUUUGCACAGCAGAUCUGCCAGGGGAUGGAUUACCUGCACUCCAGGCGAUACAUCCACCGGGACUUGGCUGCCCGGAACGUACUGGUGGAAAAUGAGCAUCUGGUGAAGAUUGGGGACUUUGGCUUGACCAAAUACAUCCCAGAGGGAGAUGUUUACUACCGUGUGCGUGAGGAUGGAGACAGCCCUGUGUACUGGUAUGCGAUUGAGUGUCUGAAGGAGAGCAAGUUUUCCUUCUCUUCAGACAUUUGGUCCUUUGGCGUGACACUCUAUGAGGUCCUGACCCACUGUGACAAUCGUCAGAGCCCUCCAGCGAAGUUCAUUCAGAUGAUGGGGAAUGUGCAGGGUCAGAUGACGGUGAUGGUGCUGAUCAAGCUGCUGGAGAAACACAAUAGGUUGCCCUGCCCCCGAGACUGUCCUCCUGAGGUGCACAUGUUGAUGCAGCAGUGUUGGGACUUUGACCCCGCGAGAAGGCCAUCUUUCAAAUCCCUCAUUGAGACCAUUGAAGCGAUUCGCAAGACAUAUGAACGGCAACCCAAUGUGCAGCUGGCCCAAAUUAGCCAAUGAUAACCUUACUUUUCCACAGGCCAGCUGGCCUUACUCCUGUAUACCUCAGCACUUUGCUACAUAACUCUACUCUAGAGUCUACACCACACCCUGCAUUCUUCUCUACACCACAGUGCCCUCUGUCUGUUUUGAAGGAAUAUACUACUCUAUGUAUUAAUAAAUGAGAACUCAGAUUUUUAGUCAUUCUCAUCCAUUCAUUCAUAUAGAUGACCCCUUAGUGAUGGCACAAACCUUGUCUUAUGUUGAUGCGACAGAUUAUUAUUUUUUAGGUGUGAAAUUCCCUGAAUGGCAGCCAUAGUGCUGUCUCGGGAGUAGAAACGGGUCAAUGUUCCAUGACUGAUCCAAUUAGGUUCUACAUUUUAGCCAGAGUUGGAGGAUCCCAUUCAUAUAAAAUAUUUACUAUCCAGAACAGGAGAGGCGCUGUCAUUCCACAUGAUUUGUCAUUCAUAAUGUUCAUAUGAUUAAUAUAACACUGCAUUUGAGGCAUGUAUAUUACCAACAGUUUCUUUAUUUCUUUAUUGGUGUAAAUAUAAAACAUGUAUUGUUUUUUAUUGUAUCAUAUCAUGUCUUUCCUUAUGUUUGUAUGUAUUAAAUGCUUGAGUGGGUGAAUGCUGAAAAUUAAGCAUCUGUAUCACUCCGAUCAAUGACUGUUUAAUAAAUUUGACCAAAGCCCAAAAAAUG